AUGAAAUUCUCAACAACAGCCCUCCUCGCCCUCGCCGCAAACCUCGCAUCAGCCGGGCCAAAAUUGACAAACCCUGAAGGCCCUAGAGUAAUCGGACCCCUCGAAGGUAGCCCCUUCUGUCUACACUCGGACCAGGGCCUCGACGGACACACAAUUAUGCCGUACCUCUUCCACGGCUUCAUCAUAGAGGCGAUGACAGUCCGCGACGUCCCUGCCGUCUGUAACGAUCUCUGGGGUGGCCUGGCGCAUUUCGGAACCACAUGCGGCUUGAUCAUGAAGCAAAACUGUAUCGAGAUCGAGCCCGGUGUGUUGAGGUGGGAAUUUUCUGUCGGAAGCGCGUGUCAGUUGGGGCAUAUCCAGGCUGCUUGGUACGAGGCCACGAAGAACAAGUACGGGGCCCUCGACUGUUUCGUAAGGGAAUGA